AAACAACAACAACAAAAAUUACAUCUCGUAAAUAAGACAGCUAACCAAAUCUUCUGGGUGAAGCACAAAACAAGAAUGAAAGUGUCUGUUUUAGGAGUGUAUUAAUACGUGAGUUUUGUGUUUAUCUGUUAUCUCUUAUUCUGGACAUGUGCUCAGAUGAUAGUUUAUGGAAAUAUUUGCCGUGAGCCAUAUUUUUGUCAUAGUGCUGUAUGAGGCGUAUUCGGAGUACGUAUCCACGUUUGUUUUGAUGAACCACAGGUUUAUAACAACAGUCACAGGUGUCUCUCCAGAACUGCAGUUCUGAUAAAUGACAUGCAAACAAUAGUCUCCAAAGUUGAUUUAAUGACUUGUUCUUGCACCUUUGGUAUCGCCCUGUGAGACUGACAGUAUCACUGAUAUCCAUCCAGGUUCAGAGAGUGAUCUGUCUUGAUGUUCACCUGAGGAAUUCUGCUGUCGUUAAAGAUUUAUUAUCGUUAUAUAAGUGCAGCAAUAAUAAAUCAUACUAAACAAAAUAUACACAAUAUGAUGUCAAUAUCCACACUGCAACCUUGGAACUUUUGCUUUCCUUACAGAAAUAAAAUAAAAUAUGGGCGGUGGAAGCAUAAAGAACGAAUUGUGGAAAGUUUCUUCAGUUAAUUAGAGGAUUGUGAAAGAUUAGUCAGCAGGAGCUUAAUAAAAAGUUGAAUCUUCAUGCUCGGGAGUUGGCUCUGUAGUGGCUGUGCUUUUAGUGCUAUUGUUGCAAAAGAAAAUAAAAGGUUCAAAGGAAAGACGCUUCAAGUAAAUGAAAGGAAGUUGUCUCUCAAUCAAAGUGCUGCUGCUGCAAAAAAAACAGAACUCAUCACUAAACGUCAACACUUUUUAAAUGAAGGGUUAACAGCAUGCAAGCUGAAGUGAGAUUAACCUGAUUUUUAAAAGAUUUUGGGAAGAAGUUGGUUAUCGUGAUGGUAUUUUUUUAUAACUAUAAAUCAGGACUCCUUCAGAGUGUAAAACAAAGUAUCAAAGGUCAAAGGAUCCAUUAUUGUAAGGUGAACUCUCAGUGAGAGACAAAUGUGUGACAAAGCGGACAACCAUUCACCUCUCCCAGUGGAGAUCUGAAUUCUGGGACAGUGAGGCGUCCAGCUGGGGUCUCUGAGGAAGAUGCUGGGUUCAGAGCGCGGUGUUGUAGAAGAAUGGCUCUUAGAAUUCAAGUCUCUACCAGAAACCCACAUCCCCAGCUAUGCCGGCAGCCUUCAUCUAAAGAAGUCCCUGGUGCCGGCGCUCUACAGAGUUAUUCAGGACCCCAACAAUGAGCUGCUGGAGCCUGUCUGCCACCAGCUGUUUGAGCUGUACCGGAGCUCUGAAGACCGCCUGAGACGUUUCACUCUGCAGUUCCUGCCUGAGCUGGUGUGGGUUUAUCUGCGUGUAACGGCCAGCAGGGAUCGCCAGAGCAAUGGCUGCAUCGAGGCGCUUCUUUUAGGAAUCUAUAAUCUGGAAAUUGUGGACAAAGAUGGCAACAGCAAACUCCUGUCCUUUACAAUUCCAUCGCUGUCCAAACCAUCAAUAUAUCACGAGCCUUCUAGUCUGGGGUCCAUAGCACUGACGGAGGGAGCCCUCUGCCAACACGACCUGAUUCGGGUGGUGUACAGUGGCCUCCACCCUCAGAGAGAGACCUUCACAGCCCAGAACAGGUUUGAGGUGCUGUGUUUCCUAAUGCUGUGCUACAACUCUGCUGUGGUCUACAUGCCCCUGUCUUCCUACCAGUCCGUCUGCAGGAUGAGCUCACGGUUGUGCAUUUGUGGCUUCCCUCGGCAGCAGCAGAAGCUGUGGAGAGAACCCUGCAACCGUGUGCUCCUGGACCCAGAGUUCAUGGUCCAGAUGCUAACUGCUGUGUAUCAUGCCAUAUACAAUGGGGAGUGGGAGAUGGGGCGGGAAGCUCUGGAGGACAUUCUAUACAGAGCUCAGCUGGAGCUGUACUCCCAGCCUAUCCUGUUGGGCAACGCCAUGAGGAACUCGCUGCCAGACAAUGCUCCCACUGAGCCACAGGGGCGCAAGGUGCUUCAGGUGGAAGUGACGCCCACCGUCAGUCGCAUCUCUAUCUCAGCCAUCACCACCGCUUCCAUACGGCGCCACCGCUGGAGGAGAGAGGAUUGUUUUGACUACUCAACCGAAGCAGAGUUGAGCCUCGCCAUCAAUCCACCUAGCUUGGCUCAACACCACCACCACCACCUCCACCACCACCACAGUCUCUGGGACGCAGCAGCCAAAGAAGACCGGAGAGAGCACGCUCACAGCCACCACAGCAGCAGCAGCAGCAUCAUUCCCCCCAUCACACUGGAGGAUGUGGACGGCAUGAGUGGCGGAGAUGAUUCCUUUAACAUCAACGACCCAGACGAGGGUUUCUCCUCAGGAGCUUCCAACAGCAGCCAGCCCAGCGGCAACAAGGCCUGCGGUAGUGUGGGGCCGAGGGGCGACAGCCUGAACAGCAGCAGUAGCAGCAUCAAGAAAGCCAUCGUAGCCCGACUGUCACGGGACAAGGACAAGGACAAGGACAAGGAGAAGGAGAAAGAACGGGAGAGAUCCUCAGAAAAACCGGCUCAUUUAUCUGCGGAACCCCAGGCUCCUCCCAGGAGGCAUCACCAGAGGCAGCAGUCGCCUCCAGCCAGCAUCACCCUGGACGCCAUCCAGCUGAGCCCCAUACGGAAGCACCUGAGCUUCCCUGUGGGGCGAACACUGGUGCGGACUGGCAGCACCUCCUCCAGCAAGUCCUUUGAUUUUAUGAGCCUGAACCUGAACGAAGGCAAGGACGAGCAGGAGGAGCUGCUGGGAGGAAUCGCAGACGAGGAAGAACACCUUCCAGUGGGGGGCGCCCACCGUCAUUCCACCAUCAGCUUGCAAGAGGAGUGCCUCAUCAGGCCAGAGGAGGCGCAGAAGCUCCUGUCCCCUGGAGCUCCCCUCACCAAGCAGUCUCGCUCGCCCAGCUUCAACAUGCAGAUCAUAUCACAGGUGUAAUGUGGAGUUCUUGGCCAUGAAAGACACACACACACACGCAGAAAGUACAAAACACACACACAUCCCGAUGCAGUUUUUCCUUGUGACUCUUUACAGCUCUACUACUUCAACUACAGUCUACCUAUUACCUGUGUGUGUGUGUGUGUAUGUGUGCGUGCUUCUGUGUGUGUGCGUGCUUCUGUGUGUGUGCGUGCCUCUGUGUGUGUGUGUGUGUGCGUGCGUGUUUGUGUGCGUGUGUGUGUGUGUGUGUGUGUGUGUGUGUCUGUUAGUCCUAAACUAGAAAUUUUAUAAUUGUGGCCUGCAGUUACUGAAAGUGCACCAGGAGUGAAGUAGUAGAUAAAACCUUACUGUCCCCUGCUGUUACUACAGUGUAGUGGAAAAAAAAAAAAGCCGUUGAAAUGGAAACGCAGUAAAAACAUGGAGAGAAAAGUCAUAAGGAGUCCACACUGACUGUAGUUCCUGACUGAAGGAGUCGUCAUGAAUCAGCAAUAACAAUCACCGUCGUUCAUGUGGAGAGGAGUGAGUCUGAACUGUUGUCUCUUCAUUCCCUCUGUCCUUCCUUCCUCCCUUCCUUUCUCUCUUCCUUCCUCUUUUCCUUCCUCUCUUCCUCCCUUCCUUCCCUGGUUUUCUUGGGCUCAUGUGCAAUCGUUCUUGCUGAUUAUCUUCCUUUUUUAAGUGCUGUCUUGUGGACAAGAUUUCUUUAAAUAAUGGUUAAUUACAAUCCAAAGAAAUUGUAUGUUUUCUUGUUAGGAUUUUGUUUUGGUCACCCCUCAUUUUUUAAGUUUAAUUUCAAUGAUCUGAUUUAAUCUACUGUUUUAAUUGUUGAAAACCAAACUGAUAUUUGAUACUCGUUUGUGUUCUUUUUUUUUUUUUCCUGGACUGUAGAAAUCACUCCUGUGCAGCUACGAGAGAAAAUUGAUACUUGAUUUAAAAUCGAACUAACUGGACUAGUUUGCCGAGGAAGCUGAGGGUCGCCACUGUAUGAUAUUCUGGAUUGUUAAUCUGGUUUAAAACCGUGUCACGGCUCAGAUGAAAGCACUUGUUGGUGUCGUUUUUGUCUCAGUCUGUGCUGAGGCCGUGCUUGUGUCUAGUCAGUUGAACUGCUGCCCACUGGAGGCUUAUUUUAGCCACUGUACGUCUGCUUUAACCGUGACGUCGGCUCCCGCUCUGCUCUCUGAUUGGACGCUCGAGAAACAUUUAGUUCUACCUCAUUGCGUGUCCACCUGCUACAUUCACACAGUCGGAAGCAGGAUGUAUUCUUAAAGGCAUUAUUACGGUUGAGGAGAAAAAUGUUUUUUUUGUUUCUAGUAUACUUAAGAAACUUACAUUCAUUAACGCUUUGCUUGAUUUUGGUUUAAAAAACUGGUGAAAAUCAUAACCCCCUUUGAAAAAUUACAAUUGAAUAACGAUUAGUAAAUAUUCAUUUAAACUAAAGUGGAACUCGAGGUUUAUUUUUUAUAAAAUAUAAGAAAAUGUAAUUACAAAAUCAGUGUAAUAUAACCAUAUUGAAAUAUUGUAAUAAUAUUGAAAUUGAAACUUAAUUCUCCCUCAGAAAACGUGUGUUGAGAAUGAAUCACUCUGUGUAAAAGAACUUAGAAAAUACUUUGAACAGGAUAUCAUUUAAAAUACACAUUUACUGGACUGAGAUUGCAACAAUAUUUGAACCAGUAGAUUAUUCAAAGCUAUCGACAUUUCUUGUGCUUUUGCUUAUGAAGACGCUGCGUCCUUGCAUUUCACGUGACUAGCGUCAGGCGCAGAACUCAAGCUGCAGAACUGGAACCUGACAGUCUUUUUCAAACAACCACAUGAUGAUUUUACCUCCAUGUUCUGCUGGUCCUUUUUCUUACGUGGUGAUGGUCUGAAGGUGCACUUCUGUUCGUGCAUGACGUUGCAUCCCGCCUGCUGUCAAAAGCCUGAGCACAGGUCAUUCAGCUCAACUUAUAUAUAGAGCGCCCCCUGCACAGACUGAGUGAUUUUUUUUUUUUUUUUUUUUUUUAACCCGAAUGGCUUGUAUGCAUGUGAAACGCCCCGUGGAGCACAGCUGGUUUUAAGCUGCGUAACUUGGCCAAUACGUUUAUGCCAGAUGUGCCAAUACACAUGUAUAAUCUUAAAUGUUUGUUUCGCUUGGGUGUCUUAAUUUAAAAUGCCUUCUUUUCGGUUGACUUGUCUUUUUUUUUUUUAAUGAAAUUAAUUUAUGACACCAAAAGUGAGAUGUUUGGACAAACGGCUCCAUUUGCCCUUAGUUGCCGCUUUGCCUUUUAUUUUGCCCGUUUUUUGUCUUUCUUUCUCAUUACGUGUGCGGCGCACUGUACUUCUGCUGUUGUUAUUGAGCGUUGCUGUUAAAGGUGUCCGUGUGCUGUAGGUGUCAACUGCUGUGUUGUGCUCAAAGUCAACGGUGACUUGGUGUUGGUGACUUGGUGGUAUGUUAAAAAUCUCACACUCGUGCUCCUGCGCUCCUCCGAGCUCUGUGUGCUACAUGUGCUUUAUAAAUAUGUCAGACCAAAGAGCUUUAAGCACCAGCUCUUUGGUUCCUUCUCCUCCCUUUCCUCCUCCUGCUGGACUGGACUGAGAAGGAAGCAGGGUUUAAGGUGUAGCGACACACGAACACACUUUGACCUGCUCUGUCUGCUGUCAUCCUCGUUACCAUUUGAUGUACUUUGUUGUAAGUGGAGUGGCACCUUAAUGCUGGAUUGUUUGUUUUUUGUUUGUUUUUUUAAACCUUGUCAUGAUGAUAGUAAUAUAUGAGCGAUGCUGACUGAGAUGAGCAGCAGGUCUGUACGCUUCUGUACAUCCACCUUGGAGGAAAUCACCUCAGUGUCUGGGUUU